UUGUGAGUCUGGAGCUUUGUCUUGCGUAAAUAUGUAGAAUUCUGUAUUGGAUCUGUAAUCAUAAGGCACACCAUUUGAACUAGAUGGAUGGGCUGUUUGUUUGGUGGCUGUCAGAUGUUAUUAAUGUGUCUUGAUAUCCGGCAGCGGACAGCCUGGCUUUGAACAUCGGCGUCGUCAUUAUUGCCCAUCAUUGCCCAAACUUCACCGAGAACCAACCAGAACCACACAACGCUCAAGCGGCUUGACUGAGCCUGGCUCACUCUGCUGCUCAACUCAAACAAGUCCAAACACUUGGGACUUAAUCACCAGCUUCCCUCGAACUUACCCAUCGAUCUUCCUUGGCAUAUUUAGAUACGCCCUGCCUGAGCCUCCUCCUUUUUUUUGGUACCUUAUCCAUUUGUUACACCUUGGAGAGCAAUUGGCUAGACACCCUUUCUAGGAAACACACGAGAAAGGCAGACCGAUCAAGACCAGAUUCCAGGUUCAUAUAAACGAUUUAUUGCAUGAUGGAUGACCCCUACAGCAUCUUGAAUGUUUACCCGGAUUGUACUUACGAGGAGGCCAAGGCGGCCUAUCGACAAGCUGCCUUGAUGCAUCACCCCGAUCGACAGCCAUCCGCAAGGAGAGAAGAGGCUACCAGAAGGUUCAGGGUUGUCGCCCAAGCUUUCCAACAGAUCUGCCAGGAGCUCGGCCAUCCGAUCGACUUGAAUGAUCUCAAGCCCGGUGGCUCCCAAAUGAGCAAUGGUAGCAGCACCAGGAAGUCGACUUCUGCUUCUACGACCAACAGUAACCCUGCUUCGAUCAAACCUGCCCCCAAUGACAAGUCCGCCGUCCUGGCCCGUAGCCCCUCCACCAAGGCGAUCACCCAAGCUCCGAAAUCCCAGAAAGCCAUCUCGGCUAAACCGGAGCCAGCUAGUAGAUCGGAGAGCGCUCUCCAGACUCGACCAGCCGUGUCCAAAUCGAAACACAAAGCGCCUCAAGCUAAUCAACCCGAUGAAGAAUACUCCUCGGAAGAAUCAGACCACGAAGCAUCCCAUCAAUCUCGGCUCCCUCCACCAACUGCACAGAUCAAUGAACCGGUAGCCGACUAUCCGAGCAGCUAUUAUCAUGGUCGGCCACACCCCUCAUCUAGCCGGCGCUCCUCCUUCUCCCAUCCCGGUGGUGAUCUCUUGAAUAGCCGAGCGCCCGCCAACGACUAUUAUCAUCAUCCGCUCGGGCCGCCGAAGCAGUGUGCUCGGCAGCCGGAACAGCCCGACCAUCGCCAACAACUCUACAAUCUACCAGGAAGCGGGGGACGAGGGAAGGAAUGGGACUUUGGGCUGGGUGAAGAUGAUUUUUUCAACAGUGGUACGGACCGGUUCGGGCCGGGCAGUUCGAUGAUGAAUGAGAUUAGCUCGGGGUUCGACAGAAUGAUGUCGACGGCCUUCAAGGGUCUCAGCAUGGCCGGCCCCGAUCCGGCCGAGCUGGCCCGGAUGGACGGCGGCCAGAACUGCUCGAUGCGCAUGCGUCAGUCCAAGAUGGUCAUGGGCAGGACCGAAGACGGCUCAUGGGCCGGCAAACGGAUGGAGAAACAGAUGAACAUGGCGAACGGUAGACUCGAGGUUAACGAAAACGCCCAAGAUAUUCGAAUGGGAGGUCGAGCUGGCGGUAGUCGAUACCCAACCCGGAACGGAAAUCCGCGCGGUAAUGCGGAAGACUGGGACCCGCCUCCAGCUUACCAAGGAGGUGGUGAAGAGGACUGCUAUGGGCCCGAAAGCUACGACCCGAAUAUGGAGCACUACCAACCUGGGUACCAGCAUCCGCAGAGCCGACUUGGCGGCCACCCGGCGGCGCUUGUCCAGGGCGGAUAUGGCCCGAUGAGUCGGAUGGGUCAUGGAGAAAUGAUCCCGGGCCAUGGCCGCCAGGGUUCCCUCUCGCGUUCCCGAAACAGCGUCUCUGGUAUACCUGAUGGCUACCCCGACGAUGGUAACAGGCUCCAGAGAAGGCCGAGCUAUUAUGCACCCGAGCUUGCUCACCCAUCCAGGCCUCCACCAAUGGCCCAUCCGGCCUUCGCCGUAGGUCCUCCCCUCAUCGGCCGCUCUCUUGCUCGUCGCCCUUCCGGAGAGAUCAGCGCCAGAUAUUAAAGUCUUCUAGUCUACCCGCAAAGCUCGCCAAAUCGCAAAUCUCGUGGGUUCAUUCUUUCUCCUUGAAGUUGCGGUCAUUGAUCUUCUUUUGAUCGAUCAGGCUGCCAACUCUUAUCCCCUUCCCUCGCAUCAAAAGAAUUAAACACACAUAAAAAAAAUUCAAGUAUAUCUCAAAACAAGAAAACAUUGAAAAAAUGCAUAAAACAAAUUCAUAUUCUUUCUUUUUUUUAGACACAAGUACGCGAGUACAGGACAAAAAACGUGCUGCUACUGUUACGGAAACACGGAUGUUUUUUUAUCAUACCAAAACAUAUAUUUGUUUUUCUCUUUCUUUUAUAAAGUGUAGUGAUUCCGUCUGUAUGUGGUAUGACUUCGCUCACCAAUUUAUCUAUCUAUAUGUGUCUUUGUGUGUGUGUGUGUACUUGAAUAUCUUUCUAUUUUUGGUCUCUCUGAUGAUUGGAAAAGAAUUUCUUAUGAUUACUCUUGG